AUGCUGACUCAAAUCCAUCAUUUUUCUCAAUUAAAUGAUGUAGGCGAAUUCAUUGUCCCAGUGCUGAGUGAGAAGCCAGGUUCCAAGUCUGUCAAUUCAAGUACAAACUCCAAUAAGAAAACGGCCCUUUUGUUGAAAUAUCAAGAAAAUACAGAAAAAGACGGCGAUCUAGAAGAUUUGGAGCUUAACAAUGAAUUGUCCUUUUCAAAAUUUCAGAGUUUGAAAGAUGUCGAAGCAUCGUCAUCACCAAGAGAAAGAGAAAGAGAAAGAGAAUCAGUAGCCCCAGGGACAAAUGCUGUUGUUGCAACAACAACUGACUCUGCUCUUUUAUCCCUGGUGGCAAGUAUUGAAAGAACCAUUUACAAGGGCUCUCCUUUUAGGAAAAUAAACGAGAAAACAUUUGGCUCAAAAAUUUCCCAUCACCAACUAGCCAUUGGUCUGGAUUACUUGCCUAAACUUCAACAACAACAAAUAAACUUUGGCAACAACAAUAACAACAACAAUAACAACAGCAUUUUACCGCAGCAAGAGCAAGGAAAGUUACUGUCAACUCCAAAGCAUCGUAGAACAACAUCGACUCAUAUUUCGCUAACUCCAGCUCAAAACUACAAGGAACUGCAUCCGCAUCUAAAUCUAAAUCUAAAUCUAAAUCUAAAUCCGCAUUUGCAUUCGCAUCCGCAUUCGCACCCGCACCCGCAUCUGCAUCUGCAUCUGCAUCAUGACACUCUCAAAAAUUAUCAACUAGGUGCACUAAUUGGAAAUGGGGCAUUUGCAAAUGUGUACAAGGCGACAAAUCUUCUUACUGGAGAGAUUGUCGCGAUUAAACAAACUAGAUUGGAGCCAGGGCAAGACGUAACUAGCGUUAUGGGUGAAAUUGAUCUUCUCAAAAUACUAAAGCAUCCAAACAUUGUAAAGUAUCACGGAUUCACAAAGGAUUCAACAACAUUGAAUGUCAUUUUGGAGUACUGUGGUGGCGGAUCGUUGAGACAAGUUUACAAGAGACUGAAGAAGGGUCUACUGGAAAGUCAGAUCAAGGUUUAUGUGAGGGGGAUAUUAACCGGUCUCGAUUAUCUACAUGGUCAAGGUGUAGUUCAUAGAGACGUCAAAGCGGGAAAUGUGCUUUUAACGGACGAAGGAGAAGUGAAAUUGGCUGAUUUUGGUGUCGCUGCAAAGGUAAACGCAAAAUACAAUACCGUAGUUGGGACACCCAACUGGAUGGCCCCUGAAACAAUCUUAGGUGGUGAGGGUUUGUGUACUGCCUCUGAUAUUUGGUCGCUAGGCGCAACAAUCAUUGAAUUAUUCGCUGGUAAUCCGCCGUACCAUGACCUCAACCCAAUGGCAGCAUUACAUGCUAUUGGAACAGAUGACCAUCCACCUUUGCCAAGAGGUAUAUCACCAGCAAUGAGGGACUUUCUAUUGGAAUGUUUUCAAAAGCAACCUAAGUUGCGUAUUAGUGCAAAUCGUUUGCUAAAACACCAGUGGUUGCAUUACGAUGAACGGAGCCUUCAAAAAAUGACCAGCUUAAAAAGUGUAGUGGUAGUAGGAGGAGCUGAUGAGGAGCUGAAAUCAGUAAAGUUUUCCUUUGAGCAUUCUACGGGUAAAGAUUUUUUUGGUACUAAUACUGGUGCUGAAAAAGACGGGAAUGAUGUAUACAAUCUUCUGAACAAGAUUGACAUCUCUCGGAGAACCAAGCUUUCCAAAAACGAUUUAUUGAAUAUGUUUCAUGAAUCUGAUGAGAUUGAAAGCGGCUUUUCCUGGUCUAAUUUAGAAUCAGGAAGAGGUGGUGAUGGUAGUGGUGGAAGAGGUAUGAAACUUUCAGCACAAGCUUUAGAAGAGUCUGUAGAAGACGACCCAUUUUUGGGAAUCGAUGUUCACGACUUUGAUACAAACGAAUUAGAAAUACAAGUAAAGAUGGAGUACCUUGUUGUGAAAGUGAGUCGUAAGUUGGACAGAAUAGGUUCAAUCACUGACCAGGAUGUGGCAACUUUAAUUAAAACUACCGGAAGAAUGUUGCACUUGAUCAAAAAAUAUUCAUUUCUGCAUGACACAUUUGUGAGAGACCACGGAGUUCUUACAUUGAUGGAACUUUUGGAAAGCUCACAAGACUUUCCCAAACAACAACAAUUGUGGUAUCAUGCAAUUUCAACAUUAAAUUACAUAUUUGAAAACAAUGUUGGUCAAUUGGAGAACUUUUGCUUCUUAGGAGGUAUUCCCGUAAUUGCUCAUUUCCGCAGCUCGAGUUACGAUGUGCGAGUAAGACUACAAGUUGCAAGAUUUAUCAAUUGUCUCAAUGCAUCAGACAAAGCAUUAUCGAUGUUUGUGUCUUGCGGAGGCCUUCGAUUAGUUUCUAAAUUUGUUGAAGAAGAUUUCGAUACCGCACCUCAAUUCCCACUAACAGCAAUUGACUCAGUACAUACGGUUUUGAGAAAGGAUGUGAGCAGGUCUAAAUCAGAUCUCUGUCGAAUAUUGUCAAAGCAUGGAGUUUUAUUCUGGUUUGCAGUAUUGCUAAAUCGACUAUUAAAGAAAAACGCCACAUUCAAUAAAGGAGGAGAAGGUGGUGGAGGUGGAGGUGGAGAAAGAAGAGGAGGAGAAAACAUUUCACAAGAGCGAAUACAGCUGGCCGUAAGUAAGAUUAUUGACGUUGUGGGAUUCUUUAGCCAAUCAGAAACAAAAGUCAGGAUAUCCGUAGCAAGUGUGGAUAUCUUCAAGCUUUGGAUAAAACUAUACGAUAGUUUGCAAUUUACUCAGCAAUUGGUAAUUUUGAAGUUUAUUCGAUCCAUGUCGUGUAUACCUGAUGUGUUGCGACAUUUAUACAAGGCUGAAAUUUUGGAAUUUCUAGCAGGAGUUCUUGAGCGGUAUGUGCCUCCUAAGCUACAUUACAAGGAAGUAAUGAACAUUAUUGCGCCAAUAAUUUACAAUUGUCUUUCGUUAAAUCAUGCACGUGAGGCCGAGUUUCUUGAAUUGGGUACUUUACCUAAUUUGAAGAUUUUGUCGCAAAUAGAUCUACCGUUCCGGCAGUUUAUUCUCCCUAUUAUGUGCGAGAUUGCUUAUUGCGACAGUGGCGUUAGAGCUAAAAUGAAGAGAUUUGAUAUUCUUGGCUUAUACUACAAUCUUGUCCUCGAUCCGUAUUGGCAAUCAAAUGCUUUAGAGGCAUUAUUUCACUGGAACAAAACAAACCCUGGUUAUGUCAAAAUCGAUAGUCCUGCCUCUGCAGAUUGUUUGGCUGCUGGAUUUCUUUUAGCCAAAGUGGCUAAUUUAGAGUCUGCAUUGAGUGUAUAUCUACAAUUACUUGGCACGGGUAAAAGGUUACUCAAAACAAUGCUGCUGGCGCUUGUUGUGAAGAACCUUUUGACAAAGCUCAUUGCUCGCGGAGAGAGUCCCGUUGCGCAGCUACUGCUUUUGAAAAUAUUGAAGCAACUUGUCACAUAUAUUCAUAACCCACCACAAGGUAGUGGUGGUGGUAGUGGUAGUGGCACGGAACAAAAUCCCGAGGAAAGAUUAUCUAUUUUAACCUCUGUUGAUGAAACAUUAAAGAAACUUACGCUGCGCCAAAGCUCUGUCUUGAUCGACGAAGUAGCUGGCGAUAUUGCAGACAUUAUACGGCAAGCGACAGUGGAGAUCCACUGUAACAACAACUCCGUACCAGAUAAGUAUUUGAUUUGA